AUGGCACAACUACAUGCCCCGAAUAAAGAUGAACUCACAUCGCCAUCUCUAGCGCCACCGAUCUCUUACUCCAUUACCCAGCACUAUCAUCACUCGGCCCACAAAGUCACUCCGAACGUUCCUUUCCAGGCUAGCAUUGAUGUUCUGAGGCAUUAUGGUCUUGAUCCAAGCACUAUGACACCCAGUCAAUUGAACCUCUUCGACCACGCCGACACGGAGCAGAGAGAGCGAUUAAUCCAAACAUGGCAACUCUAUUCACAGCUCUCACAGAAUACCCAGGAUCACGCGAUGCAUGAUUAUGUCAUGGAUGACAGUCAAGAUGGAAACCCUGACGCUGAACCCUACAUGAUAUCUGGCUAUGAGACCAUUACCACUGGAGUCGCUCACUCUCUUCCGAGUAACCUCUCGAAUGCUCUCCCAGAUGACCUCCCAAAAGAGCCCACCACGGGAGAGCCAUACACUGGUUCAAAGGACCCUGUGUAUCAAGGCCAGCAGCAUUGGUGGGAGUUGACAAAUGCUGGUCCAAUGGAAUCCCAUUACGGGGCAUUCGAACAAAUGAGGCGUUACUCUGGUUAUACUUAG